AUGCCAUCGGAUCGCCAAAAAGUUGCCUUAAUUACCGGCGCAUCUUCAGGAAUAGGUUUUGCGACCUCAAUUGAACUUGCAAAGAGGGGAUAUAUUGUUUUUGCUGGAGCAAGAAGAUUGGAGCCAAUGGCAAAAUUAAGAGAUGAUUAUGGUGUUAAAAUUUUCAAGUUGGAUGUUAGUGAUCUACAGAGCGUAAAAGACGCAAGAAGCUACAUUCAGAAAGAAACGGGCGGUAGUUACUUGGAUAUAUUGUACAACAACGCUGGACAAUCGUGCACCAUGCCCACUACUGAUGUCACUGAUGAACAAAUCAAACAAUGUUUUGAAGUCAAUUUGUUUGGAGCCAUGCGUAUGGUCAGAGAGUUUGUGCCUCUUUUAAUUAAUGCAAAGGGAGUCAUUGGAUUCACAGGAUCCGUCAGUGGUGUCAAUCCAUUCCCCUUUUCAUGCACAUACUCAGCAUCAAAAGCUGCCAUUCAACUGUACGCUUCGGUUUUGAGAGUAGAGAUGAAACCGUUUGGGGUGAAGGUUAUCAACUUUAUAACUGGGGGCGUUAAAACUGAUAUUGAGGAUAAGAGGGGUUUACCAGAGACAUCAAUUUUCAAUGUGCCAGGAAUGGAGCAAGCGUUUGACGAAAGAAGGCAAAUGGCAGUGAGAAACGAUCCACUCCCAGCUGAGGUGUACGCUAAACAAGUUGCAAACGACUUUGAAAAAGCAAAAUUGGGAGGCUCGUUGCAUUUGUACCGUGGCAAAAUGGCAUUCUUUUUGGGUUUCAUCACUCCUCUUCUUCCAAGAUUCAUCCUUGAAUGGGCUUUUAUUCGUAAAUUCAAGUUUGCCAGCGUGUUUGAGUAUUUGAGAAAAAAGUAUGCUGCGGGUGUUUCUGCUUGA